AUGGCGCGCAUUCCAAGUCUCUUGAUACUUGGGCUCUGGGUCACAGAGGCCAUAGUUGUGGACUUGAAAACUGACGUCCAGACGACUUACCCGAAGUGCGCCGGUUCUCCGCUGGCCGAUUCCGGCAAUGACAAGUGGCGCUGCGAUCACUACAGCGGGGCAACUGGAGUACAAGCUGAGGCCGAUUGUGAAUCGCACUACGAAACGGCCAAGGACAACGAGGUGACGAUCCAAUGCAAAGCGAGCAGGCAAGGUCCUGGCACUUUCAACUGUUUGGCCUCAGAGCCCUGCACGACAUAG